GGUGGUUUCUCUCCUUUGGUGCACUCUGGCCGUUAUUCCCAACCAGAUUUGCGUUACUGGGAUCCUGGUGUCCCUUUCUUCGUGGAAACAACUCCGUUUUCAAGCUUCAUCGAUCAAAGCGGUGGAUUUGACGACAUCACUCAACAAUGCGAAGUUACCGACGUAGAUUUGAGCAAUCCUGUCAUUGGUCAAGAAAUCCAGUACAUACCUAUGGAGAGUGCCACCUAUGUCGCUGAACCGGCUUUUCAGCAACCGACAGUCCCACCCCCUCAGCAGCUUUCACAACCGUUAGUGGUGGUGCCAGAAACUGCUGCGAAUGACAUUGCGCAACAACCAGAGGAAAUUCCACAGCAUGAUGUGCAUCUUUUUGAAGAAAUCACUCAAGCACGUUGUAUUGAAUGUGAUCGAGUCAUUGACUCGCGAGGAACAAGACAUGACAGGGCUUCUUGCUCGCUAACAAAGUAUUUCAGAUGUCCAAAGUGUACUGCUUCCUUCAAUUUUGAGCGAAAUCUGGAUGUGCAUACCGUGAUAGAGCACUCUUCACAGGCUGAAUACAUACCUGGUUCAGAAUGCAAAUUCUGUGAUGGUAAGCGAAAAAGAAAGUCUUUUCAACGCUACCACGCAUUUUUGGCGCAUGUGAGGCAGCAUGUGAAACCGGAUAACUUUUACUGCCCAUCUUGUCCGGAGGAGUUUGUCUAUCCU